UCUCUCUCUCUCUCUCUCACUCAAAGUAUCAACUUCAUGCGUCCACAGUAGAGUCUCCACGUCGCCGCCUAGCAAAUCAUGGCACAAGCAGCAAAAGCAGGAGCCGCGAAGACAGAUGGAUUCCAACCACACCCAGUCAAGGAGCAACUUCCCGGCGUCCACUACUGCGUCAGCAGCUCUCCCUCUUGGCCCGAAGGAAUACUCCUUGGUUUUCAGCACUACCUGGUGAUGCUUGGAUCAAUCAUUCUUGUUUCCUCCAUACUUACUCCUUUGAUGGGCGGAGGCAAUGUGGAGAAGGCUGAAAUGAUACAGACUCUGCUUUUCGUUUCCGCUAUAAACACACUGUUGCAGACUUGGUUUGGAACUCGGCUUCCAGUGGUUGUGGGAGCUUCAUAUGCUUUCCUCAUUCCUGCUAUCUCCACUGCUUUCUCUAGAAAUCUGAGCAUCUAUGUAGAUCCCCAUCGGAGAUUUAGACAAUCCAUGAGAGUCAUACAAGGCUCACUUAUUGUUGCAUCUCUCUUGCAAAUCAUUAUUGGGUUUUUCGGAUUCUGGAGAAUCUUUGCCAGGUAUCUUAGCCCCCUCAGUGCGGUUCCCCUUGUUACUCUCACUGGCCUAGGACUCUUUGCAUUUGGUUUUCCCAUUUUGGUAAACUGUGUUGAAAUCGGACUCCCUGCAUUGGUAAUCCUGAUUAUCUUGUCCCAGUACAUACCUCAAACGGUGAAUUCAAGAGGAGCUGAUCGAUUUGCAAUCAUAGUCACAAUAAUAAUUACAUGGGCAUUGGCUGAAAUCUUGACUGUAGCUGGUGCAUAUGACAGAAGAUCACCAAAAACUCAAUUAAGUUGCCGUACUGAUAGAUCUGGGCUCAUCACUGCUGCCCCUUGGUUAAGGGUUCCAUAUCCAUUUCAAUGGGGGAGUCCUUCUUUCGAUGCUGGUGAUGUUUUUGUAACGCUUGCUGCUUCUGUUGUUGCAAUUAUAGAGUCCACUGGGACUUUCUUAGCAGCAGCAAGAUAUGGGAGUGCAACACAUAUUCCACCCUCUGUCCUUAGCCGUGGCGUUGGCUGGCUGGGCAUAGGGACUCUUGUGGCUGGCUUUUUUGGCACAGGAGUUGGCCCCACUGCAUCAGUUGAAAAUGCAGGUCUUUUGGGCUUAACACAGAUUGGAAGCCGGCGAGUUAUUCAAAUAGCAGCAGUGUUUAUGCUUUUCUUCGCUAUAUUAGGGAAAUUUGGGGCUUUUCUUGCUUCAAUACCAUUGCCCAUUGUAGCAGCAUUGUAUUGUGUUCUCUUUGGUUAUGUGGCAUCAGCUGGGCUUGGUUUUCUUCAGUUCUGCAAUCUCAACAGCUUUAGGACAUUGUUCAUUCUGGGCUUUUCCCUCUUCAUGGGUCUGUCAGUUCCCCAGUAUUUCAUCCAGGAUAUACUGUUAUUUGGGCAGGGUCCUGUUCAUACUGGCUCAACUACAUUCAACAACAUAGUGCAAGUGAUUUUCUCAUCGCCACCAACUGUGGCAAUCAUAGUUGCUUACUUUUUGGACUCCACUCUGGCUCGUGGGCACGCCUCGACUGGCCGGGACAGCGGCAGGCACUGGUGGGAAAAGUUCAGGAACUUCAACCAAGAUAACAGGACUGAAGAGUUCUACGCACUGCCCUUGAAACUUAACAGGUUUUUCCCUUCCUUCUAA